AUGCACGCGGCGACGGCCACGGUUAGACUCGCGUGGAAGCGGGCACUGGCCACCUCCAUCUGCGUCUACGUCGUCAUGCUGGGUUUCGUGCAUGCAUGGCGCACUUUAGUGCCGCUGCUCGAAGCGCAGACAUCCAGCCUCCUCGCCGGCUUCGCAGUCGGGAUCGGUGUGGCGAUGGAGACGUACUUGGCAGCGGUCCUGAGUUUGGCGAUGGUGGUCUCUAUACUUGAGGAUCGGGCGGGGUGGGAAGCGGUUCGGAUCGGGUCAGGCCUGAUGGAGGGGAGGAGGAUUAGCGGGUGGGUUUUGUCUGGUGGGUUGGGUUUGGUUUCGGGCAUGAUUAACCGGAAGCUGGAGGAGAAGAUGGAGGGUCAGGAUGUAAUGAGGGGAGGAUGGACGGCGGUGAUGAAGUGGUUGGGGGAGAAUGCGGGUUUGGUUGGUUGGUUCGGAUUGGUAGUGGAGUGGAGCUACAUUGUCACCUCUGUAUUUUAUUUUGAGAGUCGGAGAAGGAAGUUGGGUGUGGAAGAAGAAAAAAGUAGUGAUGCAGUAGUUUAA